UUUCGUCUAUAAACACCAAUAUUUUUCUCUCUUUGUUACAGCCAUUAUUGAUCAUAUACCAAUAAGCAUUGACUGUAAUUCUCAAAACUAUGGAAGGAGAAAUUUAUUAUCAAACUAAACGCCUCCAUAUAGUCAUGUUUCCUACACCAGGUAUGGGUCAUCUAAUCCCCAUCACUGAGUUAGCCAAACAACUCAUUCACCAUCACAAAUUUUCCAUUACCCUCAUAAUUCCAUCUACGGGUACUCCGUCCGCAGCAAUGAAAUUCGUCCUCAACGGCCUACCGGAAGCCAUAUCUUACAUUUUGUUAUCUCCUGUCAACUUAGAUGACCAACUCAAAGAUGCUAAAGGUGAGACAAGAAUUUCAAUCGCCAUGGUCCGGUCGUUGCCGUAUCUCCGUGAAGAAUUGAUACGCAUAACGUCUAGUCAACAUGUUGCUGCGUUCGUCAUUGAUCUCUUUGGUACUGAUGCUUUUGAUGUUGCAAAAGAAUUUGGGAUCCCGCCGUAUAUUUUCUUUCCCUGUAAUGCUAAUGUAUUGCAACUAAUCUUGAAUUUGUCUAGUCUUCAUGAAAGCUAUUCUGGUGAGUUCAAGGAUCUGCCUCAACCACUUCGUCUUCCGGGUUGCGUUCCUAUUCCUGGACCUGAAAUUUUGGCACCCCUACAAGACAAGACAAAUGAUGCUUAUAAAUGGUUUUUGCAUCACGCUAGACGGUAUGGUUUGGCUGAAGGUAUUUUAGUCAACACAUUUGUUGAUCUGGAAUCACGUGUUUUGAAAGUAUUGAUGGCAGAAAAACAACCAGGAAUACCGACCAUUUACCCGGUUGGACCUCUUACAAGGAAUAACUCAAUUGACAAGGAUUUUGAUGAUGCGUCAGAGUGUUUGAAGUGGUUGGAUAAUCAGCCACCUGAAUCCGUCUUAUUUGUAUCGUUCGGCAGUGGUGGGAUACUUUCUUAUGAACAGAUCAUUGAAUUGGCAUAUGGUUUAGAGAUGAGUGCGCAAAUUUUUUUGUGGGUCAUCAAAUGCCCGAGAGCAGCAACAGUCGAUGCUUCUUUCUCCAAGCAUACGAGUACGGACCCAUUCGAUUUCCUGCCUGAUGGGUACGUAGAUAGGAUAACUGGCUCGGGAUUCUUAGUACCGUCAUGGGCGCCGCAAAUCCAAAUACUUAACCAUGGGUCAACAGGAGGAUUCUUAAGCCAUAGUGGAUGGAAUUCGACGCUUGAGAGCAUUGUUUGCGGCGUACCAAUGAUCACGUGGCCCCUUUAUGCGGAACAAAAAAUGAACGUGGUAAUGUUGGUGGAGGAUAUAGGAGUUGCAGUUCGACCGAAGCCUGAUGGAAACGGUUUGAUCGGGCGAGAAGAGAUCUCCCGAGUUGUUAAAGCACUGAUGAUGGAAGGAGAAGGAAAGAUUCUUGGAAACAAGAUUAGAGAACUUAAGGAUGGUGCGGAUAGAGUAUUGAGUGAAAAUGGAUCAUCUAACAAAUCGCUUCUUGAAGUUGUAAACAAGUGGAAACAGCCUUACAACUAAUGCAUCUAUGUGCUACUUGUGUGUAGUUGGGUAUGUAAUUGGAUAUUAAUGAUACUAGAACAA